CUUCACUUGGUUCUUUCCAUACUUUCUUAUCAUGACUGAUCCACCGGAUCAAAAGAGACUUCCUAAAAAUGCUACUCCUACUCUUCCAGAAUAUAUACUUCAAACUGAUCUUCAACACCUAUCAUGCUCUCCCCAGUCUUUCCCAACAACUUCUUUCCAGUCCUUCAGUCAGUCUUCGGGUCCGCGCUCUCCAACGUCAAGUGAAGUCGAAGUUAUCAUGGAUGAUGGAACGAUCCAAAAAAGAUCAGUAUCUUUAUCUACUUUACCCGAUCAAGAUGAACCUUCUGAACAUACCUCCAAUAACUCUAGAGAUGGGAAUUUGGAAACUACACCAUUACUAUUCAAUAGUAGAAACCAACAUUAUCAAAGUACUCACAACAAUGAUAGCUCCUCUGACGAACAAGACAGCUCCUGUACUGACACUUCCGAUACCUCUAGUGAUUCCGAUUCUGAUGAUCCUUUUUUUCCACCUAGUCAUCCACUUAAACAACAGCAAGAACAACGUAGACGAAGGCGAAGACAAUAUCAUGUUGUGGACGAAACAGCAUUUCGACAACAUCCUGUUUGGUAUCAGUACCCGGGUCUUACCCUUAGAAGAUGUUUACAAAUGAUUACUCUCACACCUCAAAGCAAAAUGGUCCUCAAAUGCAGCUUUGCUUACUUUUUAGCGUCCUUAUUUACUUUUGUACCUGUACUCAACGCGUUUAUUGGUCAUAAUCGAACUUCAAGUCAUUUGGUCGCCACAGCAACUGUCUUCUUCAAUCCUGCGAAAACUCUAGGUGGUAUGGUGGAGGCUGCUGCCUAUGGUUGGGGUUAUACUUUAUUUGCUCUUAUCAUUUGUAUAGGUUCAAUGAUCACUACUGACUAUUUUGUGGAUCUUGGUUAUUUUGAUGUCGCACAUGCUAUUUCUUUGAUCUUUUGGUUGGCUGGAUCUACUUUUAUUGUCGCUUUUCUCAAGGCUCAUUGGAAUAAACCUCCUGUUGCUACUGCAUCUAGUCUUUGUUUUAUUAUCAUCUUUAUUAUCGUUGUAAGAGAAGGAUCUGCAAAUUUAGGGGACUUUGAUACCACAAGAAUUGAACAAAUCACUUCGGCUGUGGCAACUGGUACUCUGAUUACUGUUACAAGUUGUAUUCUAUUUUGGCCAGUAUCUGCUACAAAGAAACUUUGCAAGGAUAUUAAUGUUACACUAUCUUCCUAUCGUGUACUCUUGAAGCUGUUGACCAAAACCUUCUUAUUGGAUGAUGAUCUACCUGAAUUCAAAGCCAACCGCACUUUACAAUCUGCUAUUGAGGCACAUCGAUCCAGUUUCACUUCAUUACAGAAAUCACUCAAGGAAGCUAAAUUGGAAAGAGUAUGGAGCUCUGAUAUACGUGGUCAUGAAAAGGAAUACGAACAAGUAGUGGGAAACAUGGAACGACUGGCGCAGUACAUAGGCGGAUUACGAAGUAGUUGUGGAUUGCAAUUUGAACUCAUCAAUCGACCAUCAACUCAAGGAAAAAGAAAACCUCAACGAUCCAAAACUAUAGUGGGCACACCAGAAACAUCUAAUCCUACAGAAACAUGGAAUGUACGUGCUGGAUAUCGACGUCGAAAAAUGCAGGAUGAAUUGAAAAGACAGAGAACAACAACAGUACCUCGCCGAUCUCAUAGCACUGAUCUUCCUCGUUCGUCAAUGACCACAGAAACAAUGCAUCAUCAUCAUCAUCAUCAUACAGAUAGAAACAUGGAUAUUCCGGAAGAUGAAUAUAGUAUUUUGAUUGAUUAUAUCUCAACUAUCAAACAUCCACUCAAGUCUUUGGCAUAUACCUGCAAACAAACACUUCUGCAUCUUCAAUCUCACUUUUAUUCAGGUAUUCUUGUAUCUCCUCGAACAAGGAAAUCAAUUCCAACUGCUCAAGUACUCAACGAUAAUUUGGUCAAGGCAAUUGCACUUUUUGAAGUGGCACAACGACAAGCGCUACACAAACUACACAAACGACGAAUCCAACAACUAUGUAAUGGCAAAGAGAUAGACAAUGCUCCUGGGGAAGAAGUGUUUUUGGUAUACUUUUUCGUCUUCAAUAUGGUAGAAUUUGCACGACAACUCAUACCUUUGGUGGAAUCUGUAGGAAGAUUGGCUGAAUCUAAAGAAACUCGACUAGGAUGGUUAAGGGGGUUAUUUACAAAGAAAAAAUAUCAUCACAAGAUAAAUCCUGAAUCUGCUUUUAGUUCAUCCUAUCAAGACUUCAUUCCUAAUGAACGCAAUAUGACUAAUACUUUACAUACUCCUUUGGCAAGGACAAAAUGGCGAAGAUUCUUCAUUCGAUUAUGGAAAACGUUUUCUCUCUUCAAGGAACAAAAAAUUCGGUACGCUAUUAAGGCUUCUUUAGCAGCAACAUUAAUGGCCACUCCAGCAUUUUUGGAAAGAACUGGUCCCUGGUUCCGUGAAUGGAGAAUGGAAUGGGCUUUGAUUACGUUAAUGGUGGUGAUGACUCCUACAGUGGGUGGAACAAACUUAGUAGCCAUUUACCGUAUAUUCUCAACGAUUCUUGGUUGUUAUUCCGCGGUGAUAUUCUAUUUGUUGUUCCCUGGCAACAUGUAUGCACUUCCAAUUCUCACUUGGUUAUUUUCCAUUCCAAAUUUCUGGUUGAUUCUGAACCACAAGCAUGGUAAAUUCGGUCAAUUCACACUUUUGGCAUAUAACUUGGUGAUGCUCAACAAAUACAAUGAUCGUGAAACAGAUACAAUUGAAGUAUGGUUUUUGGCAUUCCAACGGUGUGUUGCUAUCUUGGUGGGUGUUGUCGCAGGUUUACUGGUGACAGCUUAUAUAUGGCCUUAUGAAGCUCGUGUGGAAUUACGAAAAGGUAUGUCUGAUUUUUUACUACGGUUGGCUUGGUUAUAUCAAAAAUUGGUAUCUGUUUAUUCUCAACAACCUACGGAUAAAAUGAUUGUGAUACGGGGUGCCAAGGCAGAUAUCAGUGAUGAAGAUGAUGACGACGGCAGUGACAACAACAACAACAGCAGUGAAGGAUCACCGAAUACAAGAGUCUAUCAUCUGACACCCAAUAUGCAACGGAAACUGUUGACGAAAAACUUUAUGAAUUUUGAAUUGGAACUACAACGCACAUUGAUUGAUUUGCAAGCACUUUUAUUACAAACACCUAAUGAACCACGUCUCAAAGGCAAAUUUCCGGUAACCACUUAUCGUACCAUGCUCGAUUCAUGUCAAAAUAUUGUGGAUAAAUUCUUAUCAAUGCGGACAUUGAUACUCAAGGAUGCCUGGUUUGAUGAAGUGCAGCGUGAUUUCGUUAUCCCAGUCAGUCAUGAACGUCGUCAAUUGGUGGGUAAUGUCUUGUUAUAUUUUUAUCUAUUAGCUUCUGCUUUACGAUUGAAAACACCUCUUCCUCCAUACUUCCCUCCUGCUCGACAAGCCUGGAAAGAUCUACUAUCUCAUUUGCGUCACCUACCAACCGUGGAACAUCAACAUUUAUUGGAAAAGGAUCAUGUCUAUAUCUAUUAUUAUGCUUAUGUUACCAUGAUGGAAGAUAUCAUUCGUGAAUUGGAUAAGCUUGGUGAUACCAUGACACAAUUAUUCGGAUCCCUUAUACCUUCAGAAGAAUGGGAACGUUUAUUCAACAUUGAUAUGGAACAAAAUACGAUUAUCCCCACAACAUCAUCCAUUACAUCCUUUGAUUAAUCAUUAGUUAGUCUCAUCCAUUUUAUAUGUAUUUCGGUUCCCUUUUUUUUUAAGCCUAAUUAUUGGCAAUUUUUUUUUAUCUCAAUAAAUCAAUAGAAUCUUUCUGUAUAGGUACGGAU